CGUAAUGAACACUGCUCAUACCUGCUCAACAAGAAAGCCCGUCUUCUUGGUUUUCCGCGUAAACUCCCCCCAGACACCAGUCAUUCUGCACUAGCUAGAGCUGCGCAGUUUUUAUCAGAGUUUAUGGACGUGCUCGAGGAUCCCAAGGGCCGACCUAGGAAUUAGUGCUCCCUAUUUCUUCCAGGCAGUCAAAUUGCAGCUUAUUGGAGCUGGAGUUGUGCAGAGUCAUUUAUUUCUUCUCAUGGACGUGCUCGAGGAUCUCAAGGGCCGGGCUAGGAAAGCGGCGGAGCAGCUCUCGCUGCUCCUCGCCCCACGCGUGUCGAGCUCUCCUUCUAAUCUCGGAGCGGGGAACGAGAAUCAGUGCGCUCAGCCAACUCCUUCCCCUGGAAGCCACCCUAAAACAGACAGUAGCGGAAAUAGCGGGAAAAGGGGAACGGAUGUCGUCAGGAAUGCUCGUUCGCGAAAAAGGACGCCCGGCCGGCGGUCAAGAAAGGACGGAACGUACCGAAAAGGCUCAGGCACGAAUCAUUCCGAGAGGCAUGAGACUCAGACGGCUCAGGUGGAUGACUCUUGGCCGCGGGAGGUAGCGGAGAUAGGCUCGUUUGCAAACCUAGUCCCGGGGUUUGCCUUCCGUCAAGAGCCGGCGUUCAGUGCUCGGAAUCCGCCGUCAUCGUCAUCGUCGUCGUCGUCGUCCUCCUCCUCGCCUCACUCACCUUCACAAGUUCCCUCGCACGCUUCUUCCUCCGGCUCCUCCCGCUCCUCCCCUUCCACGCAUGGUUCGUCACACAGCCCUCGACUAUUCCCGCCUCGCUCCCCGUCUUUUCCCCCUCUCCUUCCGCCAGCCCUUCCCCCGGUUCCCCCGGUUCCUCCGCCAGCCGUUCCGCCGCGUUCCGCCCCCCCGCGGGAAGCGUCCCCUCCGGAAGCUAGGUCGUCCGCGCCAUCCCCCCCGGGAAUUAGGUCUUUAUUUGAGGCACCGCGGAAAUCCUUCCCCGGCUGGGAGCUGGUACGCGGGCAGCCGUCGCGCCACAGUCUGCUUCACCGGCUCGCGUCGAGGGUUUCGCGGCCAGAAGGGGGUUCCGAGGGGGGGAUGGACGGAGACGGAGGAGAGAACGAGGCAAUCCCGAGGUGGGACGGCGGGUGGGAGCGACGGCACGGCAGCUCUGCCGGCUGGCCGGCAGCGGACGGCAGCAACAAGAGCGUUCCGUCAGUGGAUGUAGAGCCGGCCAAUGAGAGAGUCGAGAUUCUGGUGCUGCGAGGCCCAGAGGGGGGAAAGACGGCUUCUCAGGAGGAUGCGAGAAGAAAGAAAGGAGCAGUGCCCGGGCAAGGAGGGGGACAUGUGGGAGAGCGCGUGGUAGGGCGUGUGGUAAGGCAUGUGGGGAGCACUAGUAUAGAUGUACAAAGUAGUAGAGUCUCUUCUGUUGGGCGUCCUGCUGAAGAAGCUGGUUCUCCCUUGGACUGUCCUGUGGAUGCUGGUUCUGCUAGUACGGAUAGCUUGGGCCUCUUGCGUAAGUGUAUCAGGCAGGUCUCCAGCCUUUUACCGAAGCAAGGCCGUAACGAGGACGGGGAUUCCGUCCCCAGCAGGGAGCUCGCUGUAUCGUCCAGAACUCGUUAUAGAGACUCUCUUAGCGAGGACAGAACGGGAAAAGGACUAGAAGAGGCUGAAGUGGGUCGUACACCCGGCAAAUUGGGGCUAUUUCGAAGGUUAUCCAUCGGUCUAGGGGGGUGGAGGGAGGGCGCAAGUGGGGAGGAAGUGCGGGAGGGGAUGGGCGCAGCGGAGACACUAUGGGGCAGAGAAACAAGCACGAAUUCAAGGGAAGGCAAUGGGAUGGGGAUGGGGAUAGGCGGGCUGAAUGCACCCUUCGGAAGAUCCACAGCUUCGUUUGCAAGAAGGAGAGCAGCAGGAGGAGCAGCAGGACUAGGAGGAGCGGGAUUAGGGGGGGGAGGAAAUGGGUCAGCGCCAGGGGGGCGGAUCUCAGUGGUGCAGCUGCGGGAGAUGGUAGAAGCAAACCCCGAGGCGUUUCUGCGCGCCUUUGAUUCCGUGGCCAAGCGGAUGGAGGCGGCGCGCAAGAGGCGGACCGUUACGGUUACCAGCAAGUACAACUCGCGGACCGACAUCCUCCGAUCCGCAGUCUCCUUAGACAUUCCCUCCGUCUCGCCCUUUCCCUUCCCGCUCCCGUCCCUCGCACGCCUGCCCUUCUUCUCCUCCCCCUCCUCCAACUCCUCCUCCUCCUCCUCAUCUCCCUCCUCCUCCUCCUCGUCCUCCUCGUCCUCCUCGUCGUCCUCCUCCUCCUCCGCCUCCUCACCCCCCUCCUUCCCGUUGCGCAUCAGAGCAGUGGCAGAGGGUCGCCCCUCCUCCCCCUUCACUCGUUUCUCCAUCGCCCCUGAACUCGGCCCUCUCCGCCUGAGAUGGGAUCGACCCCGCCUGGUCCCUUCCUUCGGUGCCACUUUACACUCAGGAGACAACUCCCUCGUGCAAGUCUUCCACGAUCUGCAGGAGCGCCCAAGCCGCCGAACAGCGCUCAUGGUGGGGUGGUGGGCUCGCUCCAUGGCCUACCGUGCCAUCCUCUCACUCAAGCUGCCUGCCUGCCAUGUGGACAUGCUGUGGUUUGACUUCCCGCGGGGCGAGUUCCUGUUGAACCGGGUCAACGGGCUCAAGGCCAGCCUCUUCCUGCCAUGCAAGCAUACGAGAGGAGUGCUGCAGGUGGAAGGGCGCUCGCCAGACACUACCACUGUGGGGUUUGCUUACCAGCACCCCUUUGGAACGCGUAUCACUCCUUCGUUCUCUCUUGCCGACCGGGGCGUGUCAGUGGACGUACUGCAGCCGAUCACAGUGCGACAGCUGGGGCCCGCUGUCAAGCCCGAAGCUCAAAUACGGUUCAGGAGCACAGUGACGGGCACGAGGCAGGGGUGGGAGGUGGAGACGACAAGGUUCCUGUGUACAGAUGAGGUGGUGGGGGGGGCAGCAGGGGCUUCUCAGGGCGGAGUGGCUCUGAGUGUGGGGUACAAGGCUGGCGUGGCGCCUGUGGCCUUCAUUGCCCUCUCUGGAGGGGGUAGAAGGCGGCGCAGGUUGGCAGGGUCCGGCAAGGGAGCUGGUUACCAGCUGAGGGUGGAAGUGCCGCCAUCCAAUCUGAGGAGAGCGGUGAUUUCAUGGGAUGCCACCCAUGGGAUAGAGUUUUAGUAAUUAAAAGAAGCUACUUCACUGUCACACAAAGGCAUAGCCCUUCAUUAUGGCAAAGCUUGAGUAGGCUCAAAUGUACAUUUUGAACAAUGUCAUGUCAUGUCAUGUCAACCAUGGGAUUUUCCUAUGUAUGGAUCUUCCAUGGAAGAUGCAAGGCAAUGCGGCGUUAUUGAGUGAUUUGAUUGGGAGGGAUAAUGUUGCUCAGGCAGUUGCACGACACCCGCUCCUGUUGGCUUCAAGUGAAGAUAACUUGAAGGGGAGUUUCAGAGGGCUUGUGCGGGAAGUGCAAGAGGCAUUGGAG